AUGGCAGCCGCGACGAUGGUGGACCGGUUGAUGCAGCCCGAAAACUUCGUGCUCGCGAUGGACGAGAACCAAUUCGGGCCCGUCAACGUCGUAGUUACCUCGAACGAGUGCCGAGACCAAACGUGUCCCGCGGGGGAUGGAUCGUAUGCCUCCGUCUACCCGAUAGCCGAGACGCCGUCGAGCCAGAGUUCCGUCGUGGGGGAGGACACCACGCCCGACAAUGAGCUGAAGCUGCUCUGGUUUGCCGUUAUCGCUGGCGCUCUGUUCCUGCUGGCGGUCUUGAGUUGGUGUGUCGUCUGUCUGUGCUGCGGGGGCCCGACCAAAUGGCGCAAGCCCAAGCCCGCCGAGUCAGAGCGGUACUCUGUCAAGUCUCCCCCGAACACCAAGGACGGUGGUGGGGCCGGCCUCGCCGUGCUGUCGCCGCAAGGGAACCAACGUUCUGCGACUGCGACGUCCCCCAUCCCCGACGGAAGCAGCCCUAGCUGCAUGUCCCCCGGUCGUUCGCCGGUGCCGCCGCAGCCGGGACCAAGGCCGAAGCACUCUGGCCGGAAGCGCACCCCCCCGCCUAGGCUGUCGACCUCCCCCGGCCGCGGGAGAGACGUGCCUGUGGAGCCCCCGUCGCCUGGGGAGGCGGACUGGCGACACAAGUUCGGUCUCGGCCCUCUGAGGGACCACACCUACCGCAGCGCACCCAUCUCCCCCCGACGGUCCCCCCUCUCUGUGGGGUCUGCGUCGCGGUCGGCUGGAGGGCCUUUCUACACGAGCUACCAGGACCAUGUUGUGGCGGCAGCAGACGGGAACAUGGGCGGGAAGGUCGGAUUGACGCCACUUGCAGACGACGCCAGCGCCGCCAUGGAAAGCCAGGUUCAUUGGCACGUGUCGGACGAAGUGGACGCCAGCGUGCAGCACAACAACGACCCCGUAGUACGGUCGUCUUUGGCAAAGGCCGGGACGGUGAUCGCGAACGCUAUCACUUCGCCUCGCAAGGCGUGCCACUCGACAAGCCCGACUGUCACCGCCUCCAGCGCCGACCCCAGCUCCAUGCCCGGCUUCUUCGGCAGCGAGGGCGGCUUCAGCCCGGGAGGCAACAACAACACCUUCGGCGGCAGCAGCAGCAGCCACAACUUCAACGCGCGCGCGAGUUCUCCUAUCUACGAGAUCGACCUCGAGGCUGACGAGAACGGCGGCGGCGCUGCUGCUGCUGCUGCUGCUGCUGCUGCUGCUGCUGCUGCUUCUGCGACCGGAAGUGGGCUCGCGAACGGCGGCGCGUCCGAGGGCGGGGGUGCCGCGGAUGGUAGCCCCACCCCCAGAAAGGGCCGUGCGGGGAGUGCUUCGUUCGGCACGACCGGCGAAGACCCGGACGUGUCCACGCCGCUCAGGACCCACAAGGCCGGGCGAAACAUGUUCGCGAAGGCCCCGGGGUCUUCCUCGAGGUCGCGUGUGGGUGGGGGGGGAGGAGGAAGCUCCCACGGGGCGACGACCCCUACGUCUCCGUCCAACAACAGGUCGACGUGCACCGAUCGGUCGGGGUGCGGCGGCGGCGGCGACGGCGGUGAGGGGGUAGAGGGGGGGUUCUCGGUGUUGGCAACGGCGGCGGCGUUUGCUGAGGUCAAGGUGGGGGUGGAAUCGCCGACUGGUCGUGCCGUGCGUGCGCUUGCCGCCGCCGGCGGCGGCAGCUCUGACAAGAGCGUUGUCGCUGACAGGAGCGGCGACAGCGUCGUGUCCGACGGACGGCCUCCGGGGAUGCCGUCCCUACCCGCCGCCAAUCACGGCGAAACCUCUGGAAAACCCUAUGGUGUCUCGAGAACGGCCGCGGCCGCUGCAGUCGCCGCCGGGGCCGUCGCCGCCACGAAGGCAUACGGCAUUCGCGAGAAGUUCGACGAAGAAGAAGACACCGGUGGGGGUGCUGACCCCGCCCUUUCCCCUCGCGGCGCCCCUCCUUCUGCACCUUUCGGGGGCAUGCUUUCUGGCUUCGGGUGCAUGGCGCCCCAGCUUUCUCCGGGGAAGGGGGGCGCGCGUUUGUCACCGAGGGCAGGCAGCCGUCUGCCGGAGAUCGACGACGAUGACAGUAGCUUGGCCGAGGAGGAGGAGAUGGAGGAGAACGGGGAAGUCGCCGGGAAACGUGCGCCUGGGAGUUGCUCGCCCUUUUCGCGGCCGCCGCUCAACUCCGGGACUGGCGACGGCCGCAGCGAGCGUGUCGGGCAGGGGGGAGGAUCGGCGUCUGCGGUGUCCCUCGAGAAGGCGCUUGCUCUGUCUCGCUCGUGCACGAUGACCCCCGACCUCAAACCGAUCGCCGAGAUGGCGGACAGCGGGUCCUUCACCGAUUCGGAGGCCGGCAGCGACGUGAGCUCGUGCUUGUCGUCCAUGAGCGGCAGGAGCGGGUACCGGGUCCCCCGCGACCCGGCCGCUCUACUCGCGGCGGCGAUGGAGAAGGCCGGCCAAGUAGCGGCGAUCCCCCCGCCGUCCUCUGGGAGCCACGGCAGGCCUCUCAGCUCGGUGCAAGAGGUCCCGAUGGAAGGCGUGCCGCUGCCUGGGCUUGCUACCCCCGAGUCUGACGAUGAGUGCGGUCUCAAGGUCCACAGUCCUUGGGAUUCCGGGAGCACGACCACCUCGACGGUGUCCCCCUUGAGGGCGGCGGUCUCUAAGGUAGGGGUUGACACGACGGUUGUGCCGAUACCGUCGCCGGCUCAGCGUCCCGAGAGUAGCGAUGAGUCCGGCGAGGUGACGGAGGAAGAGGAAGAGGAGGAGAAGAAAGGCUUGGAGGCGGAAAAAGCGGUGCCGGGAGCUGCGGGCCACGCGCGGGGGUUCCCGUCGCCGGCCAGGAGCAGACAGGAACAAGACGACGAAGUGGAGGAGCGCAGGACCUGGGGAGAGGCGAUGCAGCAGGGUGAGAUGACGGCGGCGGCGAUGUCGGGCACUGUCCUGUGUCAUGAUGAUGGUGUCCCGGCGUUGGCAAGUCCGUCGCCUACUGCCGCCCCCGCCGGAGCUGCGGGCCAGGCGGCGGCGGCAUUGGCAUCGGGCGCGACCGGUUCUUCUCAGGAUGAGUCGUCGGUUGGAGAGGAUGCGGACAAGCCCCCCGCGUUCUCUCUGAAGAGCGCUCUGUCGGCGUUCCUCGGCCGCAAGGACAACGGCGGUGUAGUGGCACCCGCUGACUCCGUCGAUGAAGAGGAAGAGGAAGAGGAAGAAGGCGACGAGGAACAGGAAGAGGGAGAGGGGGGAGAAGAAGAGGGAGAGGAGGAGGAAGUGAAAGAGGAAGAGCCCAUCGGUACUGUUACGAUCGAUGCCGCAGACGACUCUGCUACCCCCGACUUCGCCAGGUCUCCCGAGUCUCACACGCUGGACAUGUGGCCCGAAGCCAUCGGCGAAACGACGUCAAAGACAUCGCUCGACGAAGGGUUCGUGGACGUGAAGAUCUCGCACGUGGCGAUGGAGGAGGAGGAGGAGGACGACGACACCGACGACGAGGCCAUGCUUCUCCAGGAACCGGCUCAAGGCCCUGCCGCCCACACGCCCACGCUCGUGAUCCAGGCUGAAGAAGCCGACGCGUCCUUGAAGCCCGGGCAGACCCCGUUCUCGAGGGCAGCGAUGAACCUGCAGAGCCCCGGGCCCGACUCCCCCAAGGCGCUUCAGGAGGUUACAAUGCCGGCCUUGCCGAUGCCACCGUCUCCCUCGAUGCCCAAGGCAUCCAUGACCCUUCAAACCCCGAAGACAGCGGUAAACCCGCGCCACAUCUCCGACGCGAGCCCGAUGUACGACCGGGAGGCCAUCGCCAGGGCAAUGGCACAGGCGGACCAAGAGCAAGACGGCGACAGCGACAUCGUAGUGUCCAGGGUGGAGUGGCCGAGCGAGAGGCGGAUUAACUCGUACACCGACAGCAGCGUUAGCGGCAUGAGUGAGAUGACCAGCAGUAGUUGCAGCGGAGGGGACGGCGGCAACGGCAACAAGAAGGCCGGCCACGGGUUCUAAGGCUUGAUUGAUGUUGAGAAGGAAGACGAGGGUAGAAUGAUAAGCAAUGGCUGGUUGCCAUGGCGGUAGUAUGCUGCCGUGUUGGAGGCGUGGUGGGGGGAUACCGCUCACUGUUGACACACAGAUAUGGUUGUUUGCGGACGUCGGCCUCUCAAGGAGACCGGCAAAAGGAAGUGCUGCUAUAGAUAUUGGGCUGGUGAUGCUCAGGCUCGGGGGGGAAAGCACAUGGGUACUACCCAGGCCCUCGCCGUAUGCAUUCAUCCUCCGUCUUUCAUCUAUGAAGCUCGUCGUUUUGUCAAAACGUAACGUUGUGAAAGGGGUAGACUAGGGCGAAAAAAGCUUUGCUUGUUCGCGGGUGGGUGGAUGUGUAGGAUCGGGACAUCGUUCGAUGUGGCCGGUCGAUUUUGUGUCAUGGGCGGGGUGGAUGGAUGCACUGCACUGUGGCACUGGACUGUCAAUCGCAGAGAGAGCCUCCGCCAUCUCCGCUGGACGAAAGGCGGCGAAUCGUAUUCAUCGUCUGGGCCCUUUACGUACCAUGUACAACGAGUACCUCAAGCGCAAGAAUAGCAAGGAGUCUGCCGAAGACAAAGAAGAGUGCGAAUGCCUCGGAUUUUUUUUUUCUUCUUUAUCGGUUGACGGACCUCCUCGCCGACAGUUUGAGAUUCAUAUAUAUAAUUUUUUAAGAGUAUUGUUUGGUUAGGUGACCUUGGGUGUUCCAUGUGCGAAAGCUUUUCUGCGGAAGGAAGCUGUUCAAUAAGGGCACAAUGGGAUGGGGGGCAAUUGUCUGGUACGUUCUACGUGGCUUGAUCUUUGGCGACGCGUGCUAAAUGGGGAGAUCGUUUGCUUCGGUCUUGCUGGCAGAGGUUGGAUUUGCGGCAAGCAGGCGUGCUUUUUCUAGUUUAUGAGGGGUCAUUCAUCAUCCUCGCAGUUACCAUGCGCCUAUGUACGGUCGUUCUUAUUUUGCCACGUUGGGUGGGACGGACCUACCUGGUAUUCCCUGUAGCAGGGGAAGAUUUAACUCCUGCAUGAGGCGCAGGUAGGUUAGCUACUCCGUUGCGUACCUGUAGACCACCGGGUGAUGUUCGUGUGUUGUGUAGAAGCCUGCGUAGCGGCGUUUUAUCCUCUUUUUCACUACUUUGCUACCAUUGAAAUGUCUUGGGCGGUGUUGUUGGACCACAUUGUCUUGGACGUGCGGGGCUACCUGCUUGGGUUGGUGUGUACAGUUGCAUCCUGGUGCCCUGUGCGGAAAUUCGCAUAUUGUUCCUGUUGUGUGCAAUGUCCGUCCCAAGACGUAAGACGAAUAUUUUCGACCGGGUGACGCCUUACUUUUUCUGUCCCGUUUAUUUGGGGAUCGAGACGCAGGGAGCGCAGCUCUAGGUGUGUUCCCGCUCAGUGCUGUUCUUGAUACACUGCUGCUGUGGUCCUGCCGGACUGUUUUCUUUUGUAGACGAUGUUUUUGAAUAAGUACGUGUACAUCUUGGGGUUUUUCACUGCGAUCUUUUUUGUUUGUUGCAGAGUUCUGUGUGUUUUCGGUUUACCAGGAAUACAUGGAUGCGUUCGAUCGGAGUAGGUAGAUAGUGUAGGUGUUGAUGUUGCUUGGCGGUCACGGAACACUGUAAACAGUAACAGUAAGUAGUACGAUGGACGGAUGAAAUAUUAUGCUCGUACAGAGGGCUUACGGUGUGCUUGUAUUGAUGCCUCGUGGAAAGACAAGUUGUUGGUGACUCCGGUAAUUUGGGUGGUGCUGAUGCCAGGGAGGAGUAGCCGUGCAUAAAAGCAGAAC